UUUCAGGGAGCCUCCCAGGCAGCCAGCGAGCGCGGAGAGCGCUCUGGGAUGGGACUUGAAGGCGGCUGCUCAGGACACGGCGCUGGCACGGGAUUCUUGUUCACGUCCGGGGAGCGGUACCCAAGGAGCUCUGCGGUCCUCUGCGGGGUGAGGCGGCGGACCACGGAGACGGACACUCACAGCUGCUCCCCUGUCUCUCUUCCCCGGUGUCGGCGGAGGUGGCUGCAGCUGCAGCCCUGCUCCUCUUGAAGAUGGAGAAGAUGCUGGUGGGGUGCUUGCUGAUGCUUGGGCAGCUCUUCCUUGUCUUCCCAGUUGAAGCCAGAGAGCGUCCCCAAGCCAGGUCCCCUUCCAGAGGCCGUCAUGUCCGGAUGCAGCCACAGACUGCACUGCUUGAGAGUUCCUGUGAGAAUAAGCGGGCAGAUCUGGUGUUCAUCAUUGACAGCUCCCGAAGUGUCAACACCCAUGACUAUGCAAAGGUCAAGGAGUUCAUUCUGGAUAUCCUGCAGUUCUUGGAUAUUGGUCCUGAUGUUACCCGAGUAGGUCUGCUCCAAUAUGGCAGCACGGUCAAGAACGAGUUCUCCCUGAAGACCUUUAAGAGGAAGUCCGAGGUGGAGAGGGCAGUCAAGAGAAUGCGCCAUCUAUCCACUGGCACCAUGACAGGGCUUGCCAUCCAGUAUGCCCUCAACAUUGCCUUCUCAGAAGCAGAGGGGGCCAGGCCCUUGCGGGAAAAUGUGCCACGAAUCAUAAUGAUUGUGACUGAUGGGAGGCCUCAGGACUCAGUGUCUGAGGUGGCCUCCAAGGCCCGGAACACAGGCAUCCUGAUCUUUGCCAUCGGUGUUGGUCAAGUGGACCUGAAUACGCUAAAGGCCAUUGGGAGUGAGCCCCACAAGGACCAUGUCUUCCUGGUGGCCAAUUUCAGCCAGAUUGAGUCCUUGACUUCAGUGUUCCAGAACAAACUGUGCACAGUCCACAUGUGCAGCGUCUUGGAACACAACUGUGCCCACUUCUGCCUCAACACACCUGGCUCGUACAUCUGCAAGUGCAAGCAAGGCUACACUCUCGACACGGAUCAGAAGACUUGCAGAAUCCAGGAUCUGUGUGCCACAGAGGACCAUGGUUGUGAGCAGCUGUGUGUGAACAUGCUGGGUUCCCUUGUCUGCCAGUGCUACAGUGGCUACGCCUUGGCCGAGGACGGGAAGCGAUGUACAGCUGUGGACUACUGUGCCUCAGAAAAUCAUGGAUGUGAACACGAAUGUGUAAAUGCUGAAAGUUCCUACAUGUGCCGGUGCCACAAGGGAUUUGCUCUUAACAGAGAUAAGAAAACAUGCUCAAGGAUAGACUAUUGUGCCUCUUCAAAUCACGGGUGUCAGCAUGAGUGUGUCAAUGCCCAGACGUCCGCUCUCUGCCGCUGCCUGAAAGGUUUCAUGCUAAAUCCAGACAGGAAAACUUGCCGAAGGAUCAACUACUGUGCACUGAACAAACCAGGCUGUGAGCAUGAGUGUGUGAACACAGAGGAGGGUCACUACUGCCGCUGCCGUCAAGGCUACAAUCUGGACCCCAAUGGCAAGACCUGCAGCCGGGUGGACCACUGUGCACAGCAGGACCAUGGCUGUGAGCAGCUGUGCCUGAACACGGAGGAGUCCUUUGUCUGCCAGUGCUCAGAAGGCUUCCUUAUUAAUGAUGACCUCAAGACCUGCUCCAGGGCAGAUUACUGCUUGCUGAGCAACCAUGGUUGUGAAUACUCCUGUGUCAACACAGACAAAUCCUUUGCCUGCCAAUGUCCUGAGGGUCAUGUGCUCCGAAGCGAUGGGAAGACCUGUGCAAAACUGGACCCUUGUGCUUUGGGAGACCACGGUUGUGAACAUUCAUGUGUAAGCAGUGAAGACUCAUUCCUGUGUCAGUGCUUUGAGGGUUACAUUCUUCGUGACGACGGGAAGACCUGCAGAAGGAAAGAUGUCUGCCAGGAGGUUAAGCACGGAUGUGAGCACCUUUGUGUGAGCAGUGGCGAGUCAUACGUCUGCAGGUGUCUGGAGGGAUUCAGGCUGGCUGAGGAUGGGAAGCACUGCAGGAGGAAGAAUGUCUGCAAGUCAACCCAGCAUGGCUGUGAGCACAUGUGUGUGAACAAUGGGAACUCCUAUCUGUGCAAGUGCUCAGAGGGCUUUGUCCUAGCUGAGGAUGGAAGGCACUGCAAGCGAUGCACUGAAGGCCCAAUUGACCUAGUCUUUGUGAUAGAUGGAUCCAAGAGCCUUGGAGAAGAGAACUUUGAGACUGUGAAGCACUUUGUCACUGGGAUCAUAGAUUCCUUGGCAGUCUCCCCCAAAGCUGCUCGUGUGGGGCUGCUGCAGUAUUCCACACAGGUCCGAACGGAGUUUACCCUGAAGGCCUUCAGCUCAGCCAAGGACAUGAAGAAAGCCGUGGCCCACAUGAAAUACAUGGGCAAAGGCUCUAUGACUGGGCUGGCCCUGAAACACAUGUUUGAGAGAAGUUUUACCCAAGUAGAAGGGGCCAGGCCCCCCUCUACGCAGGUACCCAGAGUAGCCAUCGUAUUCACCGACGGACGGGCUCAGGAUGAUGUCUCUGAGUGGGCCAGUAAAGCCAAGGCCAAUGGCAUCACUAUGUAUGCUGUUGGGAUAGGAAAAGCCAUUGAGGAAGAACUACAGGAGAUUGCCUCUGAGCCUGCUGCCAAGCAUCUCUUCUACGCUGAAGACUUCAGCACAAUGGGCGAAAUAAGUGAAAAGCUGAAAGAAGGUGUCUGUGAAGCUCUAGAAGACUCUGGUGGAAGACAGGACUCAGCAGCAUGGGACCUGCCGCAGCAGGCCCACCAGCCAACAGUGCAACAUAGAUUCCUGUUUGAAGAAGACAAUCUUUCACGGUCUACACAAAAACUUUUCCACUCAACGAAAUCUUCAGGAAACCCUUUGGAAGAAAACCAGGACCAAUGCAAAUGUGAAAACCUUAUACUGUUCCAGAACCUUGCAAAUGAAGAAGUAAGAAAAUUAACCCAGCGCUUAGAAGAAAUGACUCAAAGAAUGGAAGCUUUGGAAAAUCGCCUAAAAUACAGAUGAAGACCAGAAGUGCUUUUAUGUAUAUUUGUACACCAUCAUAAAAAGGAUUUUGACAAAGGUAGUGGAGCCUCACACCAUAAGUAGACCUACAAGCUGUAAAGCAAAUUACAACAGUACAGAAGACACUGGACUGCUUGACUGCUGGAUGAGAAAAUGGAGACACUGAGGUGUCUAAUUUCAAUGAGGGUGGGGGAAGGAACCCUGAAUUCUGAGUUUACCAUGAGAAUAAAUAAGCUGUGCAGUGUCCCAUGAUGCACUGUGGACAUGAUUUCCUUCUGCUGCAACACUGAAAUUUCAUUUUCAGCAGAAAUGACUCCACAAAUUGCUAUUUUUUGUACUGGAAUUUACCUUGAUGUGUAUAUGGACAUGUGCGUAAGUCACAGAGACAAAUGUUCUGUAAUAAGUUGGAUUUCUACACAAUAUUAAAAUUCACCAUUCCUGAAAAUA